AUGUUUUCAGUUCUCAUCUCCCUUAUCGUUGCCACGUGGUUCUCUCCAGAAUUCCACGCGGAAGGAGCUGUUGGCUCCGAUUUGAACUGCACCACCUACAAUGACACUGCAUUCGUCUAUUCGAAUACAGCUACAAUUUGUGCCAAUGUGAUUAGUGAUGCUGCUUGUGCCGUUUUAUAUCCAUCUGACACAACUGGAGCAGUGGCUCCUGGAAAUGACAAUGGACGUCCGUUAACUUGUUAUACAACAGCAACAACCACUCCAGCAGCUAUCGUUCAGGAUAUGAAGAUUGCCGCUAUUGCUGACUGUCCAGCCACGUGUGGAUACUGUUGUGAAACUUCUGCAUAUGAUUGUGCUAAUGUUGCUUACCCACGCCUCGAUUGUUCCACCAUCACGAGUGCUCAAUGCCUCUCUGCCACGUGGCGGACGAUCAUUGCGGAAGAUUGCCCAUCUGCUUGCGGUUUCUGUGGUUCCGGAGGUUGUGUGGAUGCUGUUGUGGACUGUGCUAACGAUGUUACCAUUUGCACUACCGUUGGAAUGCAAGACUUCGUCAAUGAAUAUUGUCAAUACACAUGUGGACGUUGUGCUUCUUCCACGACUUCAUCAUCUGGAUCAUCCAGUUCAUGCACUUCAUAUGCUGCCGAUUCCAGCUCUGCGUGUGCCGACUGGGCAGCCAAUGGGUUUUGCACCAACACAUUCUAUACAGUAGCCCAAAGAACUGCGUAUUGUGCAACGACAUGCAAACUUUGCUGA